CAUCAUCUGCAAAGAUUAUGGUGCCUCAUAUUACAAAGGGUGAGGAGGAGCACAAAUGGGAUGUCCUAGCUCCCAAGACCUAUAUGAGGUGUCUGCAGCAUCAGUCCUGGCAUAUCACUAUUUCUCACUAUCUAUCAACCAUGACAUCAUAUAAUGACAGAGGAGAAAAGCAUGAACUCGGACGUUUUCUCAGAUUUCAUUCCAUUACGCUAUGGGUGAGCAAUGCAAAGCAGGCUGCCUCUUUUUACUGCAACAAAUUAGGAUUUGAGGAAUUGGCAUACAAGGGCCUGGAGACUGGUAGCCGGGACCUAGUUACUCACGUUGUGAAACAAGACAAGAUAAUAUUCAUCUUUGUGUCUCCACUUACUCCAGGAAAUAAAGAAUUUGGAGCCCAUUUACAGAAGCAUGGUGAUGGUGUCAAAGAUGUAGCGUUUGAAGUUGAAGACUGCGACUUUCUUGUUAAGAAAGCCAAAGAAAGGGGGGCGGUAAUAGUAAAGGAGCCCUGGACUGAAGAAGAUAAACAUGGAAGAGUGAAAUUUGCAAUCAUUCAGACGUAUGGAGAUACAACGCACACACUGGUGGAGAAGUUGGAUUACAAUGGCAUCUUCUUACCAGGGUUUCAACCUCCAUUAUUUAAGGAUCCUCUUCUCCCAAAGCUGCCAAGCUGCAAACUUAAUUUCAUUGACCAUGUCGUGGGAAAUCAACCUGAUAAUGAAAUGGUUCCAAUUGUAGACUGGUACCAGAAAAGUCUCUUGUUUCACCGCUUUUGGUCUGUAGAUGACAAACAACUUCACACAGAGUUCAGUGCGCUCCGUUCUAUUGUAGUUUCGAACUAUGAGGAGACCAUUAAGAUGCCCAUAAAUGAGCCAGCUGCUGGAAAGAGGAAAUCUCAGAUCGAGGAAUAUGUUGAUUAUUACGGUGGCCCUGGAGUUCAGCACAUUGCCCUAAACACUUCAGAUAUCAUAAGUGCAAUAACCAACUUAAAAGAAAGGGGCAUGGAAUUUAUGUCUGUUCCAUCCACUUAUUACCAGACAUUGAGGGAAAAUUUGCAAACAGCAAAAAUACAAGUAAAAGAAAACCUUGACAAGUUAGAGGAUCUGAAGAUCUUGGUGGAUUAUGAUGAAAAAGGCUACUUGCUACAGAUUUUUACCAAACCAGUCCAAGACAGGCCAACAUUGUUUCUUGAAGUUAUUCAGCGUCACAAUCAUCAGGGAUUUGGUGCUGGAAAUUUCAAGUCACUGUUUGAAGCUAUUGAACUGGAUCAGGCAGCGCGAGGAAACCUCACUGUUCUAACUCCAAAUGGGGAUAUUGAAAGCCUAUAGGAUGGUGCAGAUAUACAUGUGCAUUUCUACAGAAAAUCUUGAUGUUAAUUGUAUAAAAAAACUAAAACAUAGUGUAAACUUGGCGGAGGCACUAGUAGUGGUCCACCCAGACUGCUAAUUACACAUUAUCUAAUGUACCAUUAAUUUGUAUGACAUGAAUUGCAUGACAU